AUGUUCCAAGCCAAAUUAGAAGAAGGAAUUUUAUUUAAAAAAAUAGUAGAUUCAAUAAAAGACUUAGUAAAGCAAGUAAAUAUAGAUGCUAAUCCUAAUGGCUUAUCAAUGUAAGCAAUGGACUCUGCUCAUGUAGCUUUAGUAUCUUUAAAAUUAAACGAAAACGGUUUCAAAGACUAUAGAUGUGACCGUCCUUUAACAUUAGGACUUUCAAUUGAAAAUCUAUCUAAAAUAUUAAAAUGUGCAGGUGGAGAUGAUAUUAUAACUUUAUAAACUGAUGAAGAAGAACCUUCUACAUUAAGAUUUUUAUUCGAAAAUCCUUAGGCAACAAAAAUUUCUGAAUUUUCUUUGAAUUUAUUAAGUUUGGAUUCUGAAGCUUUGGGAAUACCUGAAACUGAAUAUUCCUCUACAAUUGAAAUGCCUUCUUCUGAAUUUUCAAGAAUUUGUAAAGAACUUAGUUCCAUUUCUGAAACUGUUGAAAUUGAAACUUCAAAAGAAACUGCUAAAUUUAGCGUUUCUGGAGAUAUUGGUAACGGUUCAAUUACUAUUAAACAUAAUGAAGGAGAAAAGGAAGGGGAAAAAGUAUGCCUUAAUGUUGAUUAACCUGUAAAAUUAACAUUCGCUCUAAGAUAUUUAAAUAUGUUUAAUAAAGCUAUGUCUUUAAGUAACUAAGUUAGUUUAAAUAUGUCUGAAGAAAAUCCAUUGAUGGUAGAAUAUAAAAUAGGAAGACUUGGGACUUUAAGAUUCUAUUUAGCUCCUAAAAUUAAUGAUGAAGAAAAUUGA